GUCCGCGGUCCGCGGAGGCACAGGCAGUUGCGCGCGCGCCUCGAGCUAAGGCGCGCGGAUACACCCGUAGCUCGUAACUAUAAUGUGAUUUAACACUUCAGUGCACAACGUAGAUAAUUUAUUGUCAACAUCGAACAAAAUGGAGUGCUACACAUCCGACAGUUGUGAUAGCGACAGUAGGGAACAAAAGACUCUGGACCUGUCCAACCAGUUGCUAGACACGAACGGUCUGGCGCUGGAACUAAAAGAGAUCGUCGAUGAGAAGGACUGCGCGGAAAAUUACGAGAUCGUUCUCUUAUACAGCAACAGAAUAAGUGCAUUGCCCGACACUAUAAACAGGUUUUGCAACUUGAAGAUACUGGACGUCAGCCACAACAGGCUCAAAACUCUCCCUGACCUGCUGAAAUACUGCCCGCUGACAUCCCUCAUAGCCAAACAUAACUUGCUCACCAACGAAUCGCUGCCAAAAUGCUUCUUCUCCGCGAAAAACACUUUAAAGGAACUCAAUUUUAGUGGGAACCAGCUCAGUUCUUUCCCAGAACAAGUAAUGGAGUUAACAUCACUGCGUUAUCUCUAUAUGGGCGGAAACAAUAUAGUCAAUAUACCAAAGGAUAUAUGGAAACUCAACAGUUUACAGAUUCUCUCACUAGGAGGCAACCAAAUCAUCGAAGUCCCCGAUGCGGUGGGAAGACUGACGGGUCUGCAGGCCCUGGUUUUGAGUGACAACCUUAUAGAACAGCUCCCGAAUAGCAUAGCCAACCUGAACCAGCUGCGGUCGCUGCUCAUCCACAGAAACAAACUUAAGACACUGCCUACUCAGAUCAUCAAGUUAAAAUGUCUAACAGAGUUAAGUCUCCGAGACAACCCUCUAGUGGUGAGGUUCGUUCGGGACAUGACAUUGCAGCCCCCCUCGCUACUAGAACUCGCUGGCCGGACCAUCAAACUACAUGAGAUCCCAACAUUUCCAGGGGAGGUGCCAAGGGACCUGAUUAACUAUUUAGGCGCAGCGCAGUGCUGCGUUAAUCCAAAGUGCAAAGGCGUCUUCUUCGACAACCGCGUAGAGCACAUCAAAUUCGUCGACUUCUGCGGCAAAUACCGGAUCCCGCUUCUGCAGUACUUGUGCAGCUCCAAAUGCAUCACCGGAAGCUGGGAGAGCAGGGAAACUGAUAGCAACCCACAUCCUCAUAUGAUGCGAAAGGUUCUCCUGGGAUAAGACUCAAAAUGAUCAUGAACUACGGCAAUACUGUUGGAAGAGCUUUAGGCCUCAUACGCACGAGCGUUUUUACAACGCGCGUUAAAAAUGCGUUUGUAUGACACAAAUGGAUACAUGUGUAUUUAUUCACACGAUGGGGAUAGCGCUUUUUAUCAAGCGUUGUUGGAUUUUCGACUUGAGCGUUAAAAAGCGCUCGUUAGUAUGAGGCCUUAGAAAUCUUAGAAUAGACCAGGGGUCUCCAAACUUUAUGACUAUAAGAACUUUGCGAGACUUUGAAUCUCUGGCUUGCAUACUGCAGGUGAGAAUGGAAGAGCUUGCAAGUAAAAUAAUUUGUGAUACCGAUUAGAAAGAAUAGGCAUAUCAAAAUAUAUUUUAAAUGAGAUUGGAGAAGUGUAUGAGAUUGGUGAACUUUAGGUAAUAUUUGUUUACACCUGAUGAUUGUGAUUAUGUAAAUUUUAAAUGAUACUAAAAUUUACAUGUAUUUAACCUUAAGAGAAGGUAAGUUUAAAGAAUGGAUUGGAUAAAGAAGAUCAGAGCUACAAAAUGCAGCAUAUAAAAAAGAUUUACCCUUCCAUAAAUCUGUGAUUUCAAAAUAAGAGGUCAGUUUGGUUCAGGUGCAUGAGCUUGAAGCAAAAUCAAGAUUAUUAUUUUAACAUUUUAUUGCAUAUUUUUGUGUCCAAGUUUGUAUAGGUACACUAUGUUAUACUGUAUAUUUUGUUUAACGAAUUGUUUUAACUAAGUAACUACAUAUCAUUUAUUUCCUUAUUACUCUAAAUAAUAAAAUGAAUGUUAUUGAAA